GCACAUAUCUUCACAACAUAUAUAGAUCUAUUCUUCCUCACUGCACUGCAGCCUCGCAUUUCCAACAACCGUUUCCUGCCUCCGGAUCGACCGUCCAUGCUGCCACCUGCCACCAGUCGUCGCUCUCACAGACCACCACCCCUAUCCGCCAAGGCUCGCGCUCUCCGGCGAGGUGCACGCACGGUUGACUUGGGUUGGGUUGUGGGAGCACGAAACCGACACACCACCAACAGCACCACUGUUCCCAAGCUCAAACUCACGCGCUUGGUGUAGACGGGAUACCGUAUAAACCCUCCACACCACACUGUCAUUUCGGAGCAUCAGCAACAACACUAGUCGAGUAAUCCAGCCAAUAAAGCCUCCCCGCCUCCUCUGUGGCCGGAUCAGAAUGUGCUUCGAGUUCGGCUCGUGUUUCGGGGGCGGCAGGACGGACGACUACGGCGGCGAGCGGCCGAACCGCAAGGAGGAGCACGGCCGCGGCCGUCGUGGCCGCGACCGCACGUGGAACCACGUUAGCCACCACAACGGCGGCCCUGCUGACCACAAACCGUUGCCGCACGCCGCAGUCGAUGAGGCCGGACACAAGGCCUACCACGACGGCGCCCGGAAAGCCGACCACGUCGACGUCGGUGCCGGCGGGUACGCCGUCUACCCGCAACUCGAGGCCGGCAUCGAGGCGCCGAAGGUUCCCGCGUGGCACAACAAGGUCGGCGAUGACGCCUACACGGGGCGCCUCCAAGUCCAAGAACCUGCGGCCAUGGAUUACCACCACUACUACCGCUCUAGGCAGGGCAGGUACUAGAUGGAUGUUCCAGCUCCAGGAAGCUUCUAUCAGUCGGUCUUUGUAGUUGCUUGUACUUUAGUCGCGGUUGCUUUCAUCUUGUAUCAUAUAAUCAAGUGAAAGAAAGCAUUGUGAAAUCUCUGAUGAGUUCCCA